GCUUUAUGAAGUGAUAACCUGAUCAUUGUGUUCCUAUGCAAAGAGACAACGGCUCUUAGUAACAGUUAUAGUACCAGAUGUCUUCCAAAAUGAUACCUUCUUUGUAUAGCAGCGGUGGCACCAAUGAUAAUAAAAAGGUUAUUUACUGACAACAAUUGGAAUGGCUCUAUCAAAAUACGACUCAACCCGGGAGACCACCAACCUUGCUCGUGUAGCCCGGAUAAUCCUUGGCCCUUGCACUGACGUACUACGCGCUGUUCUGACCAAUGAGAUGCUUCCAGCUGCAUUGUCACACAAUGUUAAAACUUUCCUUGCCAAUCUCCCUAAACACAGGAAGUCUCCAAUCAAUAAAACACAAGAACUACAAAUUUAUGGCGGCAACUAUUCAAAUUUUGACAUCACGUUGCUCUACAUAGUUCUGCGAAACAUUUGUUCAAUCCCUGAACAUAGACUUAAGUGGGGAAAUAAACCUAGUCCAACUGAUAGGAGUGUGUCAGCUAAUAUAGAGCGAAUUCGUUUGAUUAGAAACACAUAUUACGGCCAUGCUACGGAUUUUGCUAUCAAGGACCCAGAAUUUUUAAACCAAUGGGGCGAGCUCUUUUCAAUAGUGAAAGAGUUGGAGGCGUAUAUUGGAAGCUCUACUGAUUACCAAGAUGCCGUGACAGACCUCAAGUCGUGUUCCAUGGACCCAGACGUAGACCAAAACUUCAUAGACAGAUUAGUACGCAUUGAAGAACUAGAAGAAAGAAUAGAAGCAUUAGAAAGUGCAAAAGUUCCUUAUGCUCUCACAGAUACUUCCGGAUGGCGAGACGAUGACAAAUUGUUUUUAGAAACUCACAACUUUCAAGCGAUGAUUGAAAAAGUGAAAAACCAGCCCUACGUUAUGUUUAUCGGUGUCCCAGGCUCGGGGAAAACUGCUACAGCACGUCACAUCGCCCUCAAACUUCAGGAAGAUGAUGGGUACGACAUUUUGUCGAUUAAAGAUUUGAAAGAUAUUGACACAUAUUGUGUUCAAGAUAAGAAACAGGUGUUUGUUAUUGAUGAUGUGUUAGGCAUUUUCGGGUUAGCAAUGGAUUUAUUAACAUUGUUAUAUAAGUUUAGAGACACUUUGAAUAAUCUUACAAAGUCAAAAACUAAGGUCAUUAUGACAUGUCGGGAGGAAGUGUACAGGAAUAAACAUAUCGCAUUGCUCUCAGAUAACUUUCUGCAAAAUCAUGAAAAUUUAGUAUUGUUACACAGUGAAGAAAAUGCGCUAAAUGAUCAAGACAAACGAGGGUUACUUGAAAAGUAUAAGAUAGAUGUAAAUCUACUGUCCCAAGCUGAUCUUGCAGCAACAUCAAAUAUGUUUCCAUAUCUCUGUAGAUGGUAUAAAGAUUUUAACAACUAUGGUCCAAAGUUCUUCAUAUCACCUGUCCCUGUUAUGUUAGAAAGACUUGAUGAAAUGGAAAUUAGUGAUUCAGUCCAAUAUACUUCACUAGUUUUAUUAAUGCUUAAUCAAAACAAAAUGUCCGAAAACGUUCUGGAGGAAAAUAGUGAGUUCAGUUUCAAAGUAAAGAGGGACAACAUUUUAAAGAUAUGUCAAACUAGAUCAACAACUGAAAGUUUUGAAAUUGUAAAUGCUUUGAAAAGAAUGGAACAAACGUAUACAGGAAAUCGUGGUGGUGAAUUUACAUUUAGUCAUGACUCUAUGUUUGAAAUGGUUGCUUAUCAUUUUGGUCAUCGGAAUCCGAAGCUGAUGUUAGAGUACAUGAGCAGUGACUUCAUUGCCAAUAAUAUCACGGUAAAUGAUGCAUGCACUACAGAACAUGGAAGUCAGAAAACAAAUAGAGAAGACACAAAUAGAGGACAAAACAUAGGACAAGGGAAUGUAAUCAGUUUGUCAAUAAAUUUGAAAGAGGACCAUUACCAUGAUCUUGCUAAACGUCUGUACACGGACAUUAGAAAUGUAGAAUUGUGCAAUGUUUUUGAGAACGAAGUUUUGAAAAACCCGAAAGUGGUCAAGUUUUUAAUUAGAGAAAUUGAGAAAAAAACGUAUGGAGAAAUCAGGACUGUUUUUCUUUCAGAAAAACGAAAAUAUUUUGAAACAAAAAAGAAAACUAAUGACAAUCAAGAAAAUGAAAUCAAACGGCAUACAUGGUUCAUGCCUAACGACUCUCACUUGUUCUUUUAUGAGACUGGACAGCCAUCAGUGAGGGCCAUUAGCUGGGUCAUUUAUAAUGGACAUUAUCAGAUUUUACAGUGCAUAGUUGAUAUGAUUAAACAACAUAAAGGAAAAUUGGAUGAUCUUUUUCUACACUCCUUCAAUAAACCCCACAAUCUUCACUUAGGUGCUAAAUCAAAUAGAAAAUCAAGAAAAUAUAUUUACAGCGACUAUGUGAUUAAAAGAGAAAAUCAUUUACUUCGUCUUGGUUGUUUUAGCGGUGAUCCUACCACUGUACAAAUAUUACUGAAGGAAGUUCAUGAAAAUGUUAGAAAUAAUUUGUAUGAACCACUGGUUAUUGCAUGUUUUAAUGGACAUUUAGGUAUAGUAAAAGAUCUGAUACAAGCAAAGGCUGAUGUGAAUGCAGUGCACAAAGAGGAUGUUACGGCUUUAAUCGCUGCAUGCUAUGGCGGACAUUUGGAUGUAGUGACAGAAUUGAUAAAAGAUGGCGCAGAUGUAAACCAAGCACAAUACACUGUAUACUGGAAUCCACAAGAAAUAGAAUAUGGAAAUGGAAGAACAAUGGAGGUAACUGAAAACUCAGAAGAGUUAAUAACAGCGGGCGCAAAUGUAAAUGUUCAAGAUGGUGUCAUAGCCCCUAUCAAGGCUGCAUGCAUUGCUGGCCACAAUGAGAUCGUUAACGAAUUAAUAAGUGCUGGUGCUGACGUUAAUUUGAAAGAUGGUGAUCAAAUGCCACUAAUAACAGCGGGCAGAAGAGGACAUUUAAGUGUGGUUAAAGAGUUGAUAAAAGCGGGGGCUGAUAUCAAUGUAAUAUACAAAGAUGAAACACCACUAACAAGUGCAUGUCGAGCAAACAGUGUAUGUGUAGUUAAAGAGUUGAUAAAAGCAGGGGCAGAUGUCAAUCAAAAUCAUAAUGGGCCAUUAUCUAUUGCAUGUGAACAUGGAUACCUAGAAAUAACCAUGGAGUUGAUCAAAGCUGGGGUAGAUGUAAAUGAGAAAACUGUAAUAGACAGCCCACUUGCAACGGCAUGUAGGAGUGGACAUGUAGAACUAGUUAAAGUUCUGAUUGAAUCGGGGGCUGAUAUCAAUUUAGAUUCAUCUUUAUGUUAUGCAAGUUAUAAAAAAAUACUACCAAUAGUUGAAUACUUACUGAAGGCAGGGGCUAAUACCGAUCUAAACGAAGCACUGGUUUGUGCAUGCAAUGGGAAACACAGUGAGCAACAAUUAAGUAUAGUUCAGAAACUGGUAAAAGCUGGAGCCGAUGUCAAUUGGGAAGGUGAAGAUUAUGGAUCACCAUUACAAAAGGCAAGUAAGAAUGGACUUCUGAGUAUAGUUAAGGAGUUACUGAAAUCUGGGGCUGACGUAAAUUUAGGGGAAAAACACGAACCACCACUAACAAUUGCAUGCGCAGAAGGACAUUUAAAAGUUGUUAAAGAGUUAGUUAAAGCCGGUGGUGAUGUCAAUUUAGUAACGGAAGUUACAACUCCAUUAACGGUUGCUUGUGUAAAUGGCCAUUCGGAUGUCGUUGAAGAGUUGAUAAUAGCAGAAGCUGAUGUAAAUUUUGGAGAUGGAGAUGCAAGUCCACUUGAAAUUGCGAGUUACAAGGGUCACUAUAAUAUAGUGAAACUAUUAAUAAAGGCAGGGGCUUCUGUCAAUUUAAUCUAUGAACAUAAUUCACCCCUUAUUGCUGCAUGCCACGGUAUGGAUUUAACUACAGUUCAAGAGUUACUACAAUCAGGUGCUAAUGUCAACCUAAAUGUUGAAGAAGAAACACCACUUAAAGCUGCAUGCCUAGAGAGUAAUAUUAACAUCGUUAAAAUGUUGAUUAGAGCUGGUGCUGAUGUAAAUUUAGCUGCUGGGAAACAUUCACCACUGUCAAUUGCGUAUAGAUGUUGUAACCAAGAUGUAAUAAAUGUGUUGAUAGAGGCAGGUGCUGACACAACUCAACCAAGAGACAAAAUCAGUGGGUGUUGCCAAUGUAUAAGUUAAUGUGUAGCAUUAAAGCUGCAUAGAAGAAUACAUUAUGUUGCUGUUGAAAAGUGUAAUUUGUCUAACGAAUUGAUUAUAAUUUACAAACAGUUGAAAAUUUUGACGUAAAAGAAAAACAAAUGUAGUGCAGCAAUGUUACGGCUUACUAUGAUGAUCAUAUCAACGGAUUUAAACGCUCAUAAAACAGGUGCAUCUAUUAAUGCAUAUUGUAUGAUACUAAGAGUGGUGCCAAUUGAGAGUCACGUGAUAUGUUGAUAAUUCUCCCAAAACAACGUCAUAAUAAAAUUUUUAAUAUUGCAAGGGCAAACCUUUAUUUGAAUUAAAAUUUUAAUUGUUAUUUAAAUUUCACUUAUCGAGUUAAUUCUAGAAAAAAGUGCUGCUGCUUCGUAUAGUGAAAUCCUAACUAUACAAAAGCUAAUUUUCUCUGCGGGGUCAAAAAAGAAAAAAAAUCUCUUUACGCUACCACAUAUUAUGGCGUCCAUUGAUAAAAUCUUUUUGCAUUUAUUUUAUUUGAUGUGUGGGUUGUCCCAUCUUUUGAUAAUCAAAAUACACAAAGAAACGAGUUUUUAUUGUCAAAUGAAAAAUUUACAAUCCUCUGAACUACAAUGGGUACAGUGAGAAACCUAUUGGUUUUUCCCCAGUGAUGACGACCCAGGGACAUAAAAUUUUAAAGUAUGGAUUGGUCUCUAGAGUUCAUCUUUUAUUAAAAUAAAUAUCAAAGAUAUAAGCUCCGAUUGAAAUAAGACAUUUGCUUAAUACUUGACGUAUUUAUUGAUUUAUUGUAUAGGGCUCAUCAAAGCAGUAGCAGGUUUUAAUUUAAAAAAAAAUUAUACAUUUUUUUUUCUAAUUUAUACCCAAAAGGUUAUAUUGAUCCAGUAAGUGUAUGCCCUUGUAAAAUGCAGAUUAAGAUAGGCUUCUA